CUUCCACAAAUUCACAUCUGUGCAGUGUGCACCGUGGACUGGAAGAUAUUUACUUUUAGAAAAUAGAAAUAAGUCUAAAUUAUUAACUAGUUUUACUAGUGUUAACAGUUAAAUAUUCUUAUAUUACUCGAUUUAGGUUGAGUAAGAGGAAUUGUAUUAGGAUCAUAUUUAUUUGAAGGUUCGAGAAAAGACAUAACCAUGCCGCCGAAGAAAGCAAGCGGCGGCGGCGGCGGCCCCAGUAAAAAGACAGAGGCGAAGAAAAAGGAUAAAGUUAUCGAGGAUAAGACCUUCGGACUUAAAAAUAAGAAGGGGGCAAAGCAGCAGAAGUUUAUUCAACAAGUUGAGAAGCAAGUUAAGAGUGGCGGCAUCCACCCUGCCAAGCCCAUGGAUGACAAGAAGAAAGAAAAGGAGGCCAAAAUGAAGGAACAGAAAGAGUUAGCGAUGCUUUUCAAACCAGUACAGACACAGAAAGUUGAGAAGGGUACGGACCCAAAAUCAGUGGUGUGUGCGUUCUUCAAACAGGGCCAGUGUACGAAGGGAGACAAGUGCAAGUUCUCUCACGACUUGACACUUGAAAGGAAAGCUGAGAAACGAUCCCUUUAUGUGGAUAUGCGAGAUGAUGAUGACAAUAUGGAUAACUGGGAUGAAGAUAAGCUAAAGGAAGUAGUUGAGAAGAAACACGGCGAGGGUGAUAAGCAGAGACCUACUACUGAUAUUAUCUGCAAACAUUUCUUGGAAGCUGUGGAGAAAUCAAAGUAUGGUUGGUUCUGGGAGUGUCCGUCUGGUACCAAAUGUAUAUACAGGCACGCCCUCCCGCCAGGCUUCGUACUGAAGAGAGAUAAAAAGAAACUGGAGGAGAAGAAGAAUGAGAUCUCCUUAGUGGACCUGAUAGAAAGAGAGAGGGCCGCACUAGGACCCAAUCAGACAAAGAUUACACUAGAAACCUUCCUUGCGUGGAAAAAGAAGAAGAUUAAGGACAAACAUGAUGCCCAAACGAAGGCCGAGGAGCAACGUCGCAGCGACUUCAAGGCGGGUCGUGCGGUGGGUCUGUCAGGCCGAGAGAUGUUCUCGUUCGACCCUGCGCUGGCAGCCGACGCGGACGAAGACGACGACGAGGCCGUGGACCUGGCCACCUACGGAGACGAGGAAGCAGACACCACGGAGUACAGAGAAGUGCAGUUCGACCUCAUCGCUAUGGAAGCUUCCGAGGCGGACGACACGGGCACCAAAGCGACGGAGGACAGACUACAACAAUUAGGCCAGGGUCUGUCCAAUGGUACUGGCGAUGGAGAGGACAGCCAAACCUCCAAAGAGGGAUCCCCUACCGAAGCCGCCUCCGCGGUCCCCAUCAACGAAAACCUCUUUUUAGAUGAAGAUUUAGACGAAGAACUUCAAAACUUAGACCUAGAAGACUAGUAUACAUAAUUAUAUACAAAGUGUGACGUCAUUGGACCGUUUAUGUGAUGAUAUUGGUCUAAAGGCCUUGAACAUUGGUGGCACAGGAAGAAAUUUAAUGUGAUGAAUUGAAAUUUACCUUAAAUGUUCAGUGAUUAGGGUUAAAAUUUCAAUAAUAAGCAUGUGAGUAUCAAAUCCAUGGUUGUUUUGUAGUAGAGUUGAAAUUCCAAUGAGUGUAAUAUUUAAAACUGCCACUCUCAUAGGAAUUGCAACUUUAAUACUAUAUUCUUAAGUAACUACUAUAUUCUUAAGUAACAUUUCUAUUCAGCACAAAGUUUAUUGCCGUGCCAAACAAUGUGCUAAGCCUAAAUCAUUAGAUAUAUAAAAAAAUGUAAAUGACAAAGCUAAAAGCGUCAAUUUAUUUGAAAAGUGUUAGUUGUUGGGACGGUCCCACUUUGUAUAAGUCUGUCAAAUGUUUACCGUCCCAGGUAUAAAUGAUACUACAGAAUCCUACAAACGGGCAGUUUCAUUACAACUUAUCCUACAUAAAAUACAAUCGAUUAUAAGCUUUAUUGCAUUUGCUAUAAGACGGAUGGUAGCUGAAGAGAAAAGUAAAUCAAUGUUUGCAAUUUGAUAAUUAUAGCAAUGGAAUAGAAUUUAAAAUCGAUUAACUGUACGUCGCCUUCGUUUAUUGUACGCGUUCUUACCACAGUUACACCUUAAUUUAUUAAAUAAAUAAUUAUUUAUGUGUUAUCCCACUCCGCUCAGCUUUUAUCUACCAACUUGAGAAUUUGUCUACUUUUAUUUUGAUACAGUUAUAACUGUCGAUAAAUAUUGUACAUUUAAUUUAAAGUUUAGAAAGAGACCAUCUGUCUAGUCACCGCUCAUACUGCUCAUGAUAAGGAGCUGAUAUAAAUAAAAGCUUAGAAAAAAAAACUAACACAUUAAUCGCCGCGGAGGUCACCGGUGACCGACGGUAGCGGCGGAUUUUUCUUCAAUAUUUUUCAGUCGGCAGUCAAAGGCUUAUAUAAAAUAACUACUCCCGCGCGGUUUCACUUGCUGUUCAGCUCCAUUUGACUGUAGCGUGAUGUUUUAUAGCCUAUAGCACUCAGGAACGUUGUAGCUAUCUAUCAGUGAAAGAAUUUUGACAAUCCGACCAGCGAUUCCAAAGAUUACCCCCUACAUACAAACUGACACAUUUUACCUCUUUAUAAUAUUUGUCAAUGCACCAUAUUUAUCGCCAGGUACUGUCAAUUAAAGACAUGGAUAGUCAGUUAAAUUCCCACAAAAUCAUGUCCAGUCAAUAACGAAUACAAGGACACAAGAAAAUAUGUUUUACAGUAAAUGUACAAUUAAAUGCGUACUGAAUAAAAUAUGUAUAUGAAUUUUCUUCAUAAAAACUCAAUGUAAAUGUACUGCUCAUAUAAUAAUUAAUUAAUUAAUUACUCUGUCAGCAACAAAAUAACGUAUAUUAUGUAAAUAAAAAACGUAUUUUCAACUGAAGUUUGUUUUAUUUAUUUUUAGUACAGAUACUUAUAUAUUAUUAAAGGUAAUUAACAAGUUUUUCCAGCGGCUUUGUGCUACCCAAAAAAAUACCUAUUUCAUAUUCCAGAAUAUAAUAUACUUGCUACACUCGAAGGUUUCACUCACUGCUCGGCUCCAUUUAAUCGUACCGUGAUGUCUUAUAGCCUAUAGCACUCAGGAACAUUAUAGCUAUCUAUCAGUGAAAGAAUUAUGGCAAUCCGACCAGCGGUUCCAAAGAUUACCCCCUACAUACAAACUUACAAAUUUUACCUCUUUAUAAUAUUAGUAUAGAUAUAGAUUACUGUGCAAACUUUCUUCAAACAACAUUUUACAUUGUUAACAAUAGUUUUUACGUGAAACAUAACAAACAUGCGUACCUAUAUAUAUAUAAUAUUAGUUGGAUAUGUUAAUUUAAAUGCUAAAGGUAAGAAAAUAUGGCAGCUUUUAUAAUUAUAUCUCUGUGGCAUUCCCAAAAACUAUAUUGGUUUCCAUAAGUAUUAUUAUAAUAAUAUUUAAAAUUUAUCUAUUGCUGUUUUCGAGCUUGCUGUAAAAUGUAUACACAUUUCACGUGCAUAGCUAAACUAUGUAUAAAAAUCGAUAAAAAAUAGACAUACACAUAGAUAUGCGUUCUUUUAAACACUACUUAGGUAUAGAGGCUUAGCUCAUAGUACCUAAAUAAAAAUAAUAACUAUACUUUGAUCUGCAUAUGUAUUUCGUUCAUCCUUUUGAACAUAAGGCACAUUGAAAGGCAUUUAAGGCACUCUAAUACACUAUUUAAUUUUAUCGGGAUAAUGACGUAAACAAAUUAAUCCGUUACUUAUUUUGUUAUAUCAUACAAAUGCACCUAAUCAUUUUUAACAUGUCAUAAUUUUCUAAUUGUCGUUAUCCCUAUUUUAUUUAUGAUAAUAGGGUGCCCAGGAUGGCAAAUUAGCAGUACUUAUAAUCCGGUUGUAGGAACCACUGAAUUUUGAAGGUUGGUGAUAGAAAACAAAAUAGUUUACUUAGGUAAUUUCCUUCGUCCAUGGAGGAAAGGGGAUCGAUAGUUCUCACCAAAGCUGUUAAGCGUAACUUUUUGGAGCUCGAGGGUGACAGAUCGGCAGAUUUCUUAUAUGAACUUUCGAAUGACGAAACUGCACGUAUUACUUAUAUUUUUUAUCCUCCCUAUUACUUAUAUUUUUUAUCCUCCCUAUUACUUAUAUUUUUUAUCCUCCCUAUUACUUAUAUUUUUUAUCCUCCCUACCCUUCUGACUAUAUUAGUUAUUUGGUUGGUGUAAGUAUAUUCAUCAGUAUACAAAGUAUUCCCCAUAAUAUGAUAAUCUAACGCAUUGGAGUUACAAAUAUCCUGUCUUGGGCUCCCCUACUAUAAAACUUAUUUAAUUUUCGAUUGCCAACCAUCUUGCAGGGUUUUCUAUUGUAAUCAUAUCAAUCAGUUCUUGCGAGAAACCCUUAGAUUUCAUCUUUGGCAGGACGUUGUUUAUGAUGUGUGCGUAGCCGUGACCCCCGAAUUUAGUCUGUGGGGAAAAUAAACAGUUAAUAAAUUAAUGAAGCUAAAUCUGAAGGCAGAAUGUACAUGAGUCGUGUCGCUCCAGAAGCCAAUUGGUUUCAUAGAUUUACUAUGGUUACAAAUGGAAUAUAAUGAACAAUUGGUACGGUACCUAUCACGAAUAAUAGAAGUAUAAAUAAUAAAUAAUUAAAUAUAAUAGAUAUGACUGGUUUUAACAAGGUCGUGGCCAUUCGAGUAAGUUACCUACUAAGGUACCUACCAAUGUGCUUUGUGUAUAACACAAAGCACAGCACAGUAAGAUUGUCAAACAUACAAGGCCCUUACUACAACACCUUUAAAGUUGAUAAUUUAUAAUCAGAUACAGCCAGUGCCGUAUUAAAUAAAAAUCAUCGCUAUCACAUGCUGUUAACGUUCAAAAUUCUAUUAAAUAAUUGACCCUUUGCUCACCAGUCUGUGCUUCGUAUGAAUGUCGUGGGACAUUAAUAUCCUAUUUCCUCUGCCCUCUUUCACAAGUGCUGCUAUCUUUUGUAUUCUUUGGGCGUCGCUUAGCAUGUCCGUUGUUACUUCAAGUUGGUAGUAGGACACUUCUGUGCCAAACAAAUCAAACUGGCAAUAUGUGCCUAGCUGAGAAAAUUCCAACAAAAUGUCGUCCUCUACCAG